AUGAGGCUCUUGUUGGUCCUUAGUGCCUUUCUAGUGGCUGUUUACAGCCAGGAGACAUUUGUUGGUGACCAGGUUCUACGUAUCACUGUCAGCAAUGAGGAACAACUUGCCCUAGUGAAGUCCCUCCAAGAACAAGAGCAUCUGAAUAUUGAUUUCUGGUUAGAGCCAAGCAGGCCUUUGCUGCCCAUUGACAUCCAAGUCCCAAGAGAACAUGUUCAAUCAGUGAAAGCCUUCCUGGAGUUCAGUGGUGUUGGUUACUCAAUCUUGAUUGAAGAUCUACAGAUGUUGUUGGAUGAAGAGAAGAAGGAAAUGAUGUUUUCUCGACAUAAGGAACGCAACAGCCAAACAUUCAACUAUGCUUCUUACCACACAUUGGAGGAGAUUUAUGCCUGGAUGGAUACAUUUGUAGCUUCAAACUCAGGUCUAGUCAGCAAGUUGCAGAUUGGUAACACCUUUGAGAAACGUCCAAUCUAUGUCCUCAGGUUCAGCACUGGUGGGAUUAACCGACCUGCCAUCUGGAUUAAUUUUGGUAUCCAUGCCCGUGAAUGGAUCAGUCCCGCUAUUUCCCUCUGGUUUGCGAAUAAGAUUAUCAGUGAAUAUGGCAAGGAUACUUCUGUGACUUCAUUGUUGAACACGAUGGAUCUCUACCUAGAGAUUGUUACAAACCCUGAUGGUUUUCAUUUUACCCACACUAACAACCGCAUGUGGCGUAAGACCAGGUCUGUGUAUGCUGGCAGGAGAUGUAUAGGUGUUGACCCAAACAGGAAUUUUGAUGCCAAUUUUGGAGGAGCUGGUGCCAGCGGCAAUUCUUGUUCAGAAACAUACUAUGGACCUUAUGUCAACUCUGAGAAGGAAGUCAAAGCCAUAGUUGACUUUGUCAAAAAUCACGGAAAUUUCAAAGCCUUCAUUGACGUUCACAGCUAUUCCCAGCUCUUAUUGUUUCCUUAUGGUUACACUUCAACUAAGCCAAAGGACUAUGGAGAGCUGAUGGAACUCAGCAAGAAAUCCAUUACUUCGUUGGCAUCAAUAUAUGGAACCAAGUACAGAUAUGGACCCAUCUUCACUACCAUCUAUCAAAGCAGCGGUUCAUCUAUUGAUUGGGCUUAUAACCAAGGCAUCAAGUAUGCUUUCUGCUUUGAACUGCGAGACACUGGUCGCUAUGGCUUCAUUCUACCAGCCAACCAGAUUAUUCCAACAGCUGAGGAAACCUACCUGGGUUUGAUGGAAAUUUUAGACCAUGCCAGACAGAACCCCUAUUAAAAUAAAUUUAAAACAUGACGUAA